ACCCUUGCCGUACCCCCGCUAAGCUGUUCCUUCCAGCCCGAUUUUCAGCGAAAGGAUAAAGCUCUAGAGGCACUCUUCCCAGUAAUCAGAAGUCGGGAGAAGCAUUUCAGCCAUUCACGCCCGUCCUGGACGCUUCCUAACCGUCACUUUUCACCGAGUCACGCCACCCAGCGAUAAUCUCCGCUUCCAAGCUCCGAGGUUAGGGAGUCCCCUCUCUGUCCGCUCCAAUGGGCCAAUCCACGGAUACAGCGACCCUCCCCACAUCCGAACCCAGCCAUGGAAACGCCAACGGCUUCCUCACCAGCCACGCGGCGGCGGCCGCUGGCGGUGCGGAAAGCAACGGAAUCGCCGCAUGCAAGGCGGCGGUGCACCACGAGUUCCCCGAGCAUCUGUCGGUGCACGAGGCGCUGGAGCAGGUGAACGAGCAGGUGGCGGAAGACGACAUUCUCGUGGAGGACGAGGAGCUGCUCGUUAACUCGCUGCUCGACAUUCUGAAGCUCGAGGGCGACGAGCUCGCGCAGGCGGUGGAGACGUGCUAUGGGCUGUCGGCGCAGUACAACAAGAGCAACAACCCCGCGGACCUGGCGAAGCUGCAGGAGGUGAUCGAGUCGCUCGACCCCGCCGAGUCCAUCCUCUGCGCCUCCGCCUUCUCGCACAUGCUCACCCUAGGGAACAUCGCUGAGGAAAUUCAGAUGGCCCGCCGCAAGACGCUCAAGUCGCAGCGCCACGGCGCGAUCGAGGACGAGGGCAGCUCGCUUACCGAGUCGUCUAUUACCGAAACGUUCGAAAAGCUGCGCGCGGCGGGGAAGACCCCGGAGGAGAUCUACGAGGCGCUGUGCAACCAGCGCGUGGAUCUGGUACUCACCGCGCAUCCCACGCAGUCCAUCCGACGGUCGCUACUGCAGAAGCACGCACGCAUCCGCAACCUGCUGACGCAGCGCCACGAGCAGAAGAAGCUCACGCCCGAGAGGGAUCUGGAGCUCACCGAGGCGAUCAAACGAGAGAUCCAGGCGGCGUGGCGGACGGACGAGAUUCGGCGGUCGCAGCCGUCGCCGCAGGACGAGAUGCGGGGCGGCAUGAGCUACAUGCACGAGACCAUCUGGCCGGGCGUGCCACGCUUCCUGCGCCGCGUCGACACGGCGCUGCGCCACCUGGGCGUGCAGCACCGCCUGCCGUACCGCCUCCCCAUCAUCGUCUUCUCCUCCUGGAUGGGCGGCGACCGCGACGGAAACCCCCGAGUGACUUCUGAAGUUACCAAGGACGUCGUGUACCUGUCUCGCCUAAUGGUCACCAACCUCUACAUCUCUCAAAUCGAAAGCCUUAUGUUUGACUUGUCCAUGUGGCGAGCGAGUGAGGAGCUCAAGGAACGUGCAGCAGCCGUGCGCUCCAGUGUCAAGCGCCACACCAACCACUACAUUGAGUUCUGGCGCGGCAUUCCUGAAACCGAGCCAUACCGCGUGAUCCUCGGAGAGGUCCGGGACAAGCUUUGGAACACCCGCGACCACAUCCAGCAGAUUAUCUCCAAGGGCCGCUCCGACUAUAACGAGGAUGACAUCUACACUACCGCAGAACAGCUCAUGGAGCCCCUGGAGCUCUGCUACAAGUCCCUCUGCUCGGUUGGCGACCAGCCCCUGGCUGACGGCGCUUUGCUGGACUGUUUGCGCCAGGUGGCGUGUUUUGGCCUGUCGCUGGUGCGGCUGGACAUUCGGCAGGAGGGCGCGCGGCACACGGAGGCGCUGGACACCAUCACGGCGCACCUGGGGCAGGGCGCGUACAGCCAGUGGCCGGAGCAGCAGCGCCUGGACUGGCUCACGCACGAGCUGCAGAGCCGCCGCCCGCUGUUUGGGGAGGACCUGCUGGAGGGGGCUAGCGGGGAGGUGCGCGAGGUGCUGGCCACGUUCCGCACGCUGGCAGGGCUGCCGCGCGACUCGCUGGGCGCGUACGUCAUCUCCAUGGCCACCAGCGCGUCGCACGUACUCGAGGUGCAGCUGCUGCAGCGCGCCGCGGGGGUGAAGCGGCCGCUGCGCGUGGUGCCGCUGUUUGAGCGGCUGGACGACCUGAGCAAUGCGCCCGCCGUGCUGGAGCAGCUCUUCAGCCUGCCGCUGUACCGCGCGUCGCUGGAGGGCGGUGUGCAGGAGAUCAUGAUCGGGUACUCCGACUCGGGCAAGGACGCGGGGCGCCUGGGCGCGGCGUGGGCCCUGUACAAGGCGCAGGCGCGCGUGGUGGAGGUGGCGUGCGCGCACGGCGUGCAGCUGAGCAUCUUCCAUGGCAGGGGGGGCACGGUGGGGCGCGGGGGCGGGCCCACGCAUCUGGCCAUUCUUUCGCAGCCGCCGGGCACGGUGAACGGGCGGCUGCGAGUGACGGUGCAGGGCGAGGUGAUCGAGCAGUCGUUCGGCGAGGAGCACCUCUGCUUCCGCACGCUGCAGCGCUUCACCGCCGCCACGCUCGACCACACCCUCAACCCGCCGCGCGCGCCGCUGCCGCAGUGGGAGGCACUCAUGGAGCGCAUGGCACCGCUGUCCACCGCGGAGUACCGCUCCGUGGUGUUCCAGCACCCGAGGUUCGUGGAGCUGUUCCGCGCCGUGACCCCCGAGACCGAGUUCGCCCGCAUGAACAUCGGCAGCCGCCCCAGCAAGCGCCGCGCGGGCGGCGGAGUGGAGACGCUGCGCGCCAUCCCGUGGAUCUUUGCGUGGACGCAGACGCGCUUCCACCUGCCUGUGUGGCUGGGGCUGGCAGCGGCGCUGCGCGGCGUGGUGGAGGAGGACCCGCAUGCGCUGGACGAGCUGCAGCGCAUGUACCAGCAGUGGCCGUUCUUCCGCGUCACCCUCGACCUCCUCCAAAUGGUUUUCGCCAAGGGCGACCCCCGCGUCGCCCGCCUCUACCAGCAAGAGCUCGCCCCGCCCGACCUGCAGCAGCUGGGGGAUGAGCUGCUGCAGAAAUAUGAGGAGAGCAAGAACUUUGUGCUGCUGAUCUGUGGUCAACUUGUCCCCCUGGAGAGCAACCCCACGCUCCGCCAGCGUCUGCUAGUGCGAGAGCCGUACAUCACCCCGCUCAAUGUCAUGCAAGUGCUCACACUCAAGCGCAUGCGCGCUGCUGCUGCUGCUGCUGCUGCUGCUGCUGAAGGGCAAGGAGAAUUGGAGAAAGGUGGUUCAAGCCUGAAGAAGCACCUGACCCCCGGCCGGACGGCACAAGUCACUUCACUCAACCCGUCCAGUGUGUAUCCUCCAGGGCUGGAAGACACUUUAAUCAUUACAAUGAAGGGGAUUGCUGCUGGCAUGCAGAACACUGGGUAGAGGGCAAGGUGGAGGGGGUUUGAGGCCUUUUUAGGCAUAGCAUGGUGGCUUCCAGGAAGAUCUUUGUCGCAGAAAAGAGUUCGGGUUUAGACGUCCAUAGAAAGUGUCUGAUGUAGGGAAGGGCAUUCAUUGUCUAUCUAGUUCACUUUGCUGCUCAUAGCCAUGACUUAUUCAUGGAGGACACGUGUGCCUGGAUUUGGUUUUCUUGCAUUAAAUUGAGUGUCUUGUACCAGAACUAAGGAGCCAUUGUUUUGAAAUAUGUUGUUCGUUUAGCCACCACUAGCUCCACAGCACUAGUAGUCUGAAAAUAAGGGGCGCCUGGUAUAAUUGCCUGCUAGCGUUGCCAGCUAUUAGCAUUCCCUGCCAGGCAGCACUUCCUACAGGUAUCGCGUUGCCUUGCUAGCAUUCCCUGCGACGCAAGCCCUUUCCAUCGUGCUUUUCGGCGGGCCUCCCUAGUGGGUGCCGCUGUUGCCUCCGGCCUCGCAAAAGAACGUACUUCAACGAGUGCGAACUCGCAGAGCUGAGAGAACUCCUUCUAAAGAGAGAAAAGGUAGACUUAUUUAUUUAUUUUUUUAAAUCUUAAAAGGGAUAGAAAAAAGCCUCUUUUGAAGGCACGGUGACGGCCCGAGCGGAGCGAUGUGACUACAAUCCAACAGCAACUCCGAGUUGAGAAAGUACUAGCUUUACACUGCCGCCGCGACGCUGCCGCAGGGAUCCAUUCAGAGGGAGCUCAACGCGACUGUGGUCUGACGGUGACCUCAUACAGUCUGCUGCCAGAGCAGAUAUGGCCGCGGCACGCUCCGCCGCCGCAGUGAUGUUCUUCGGGUGGGAUAGACGUCCCAACAACGCGCCGUUCGAGGCAUCAGCUCGCUCUGCCAUGGCCACUGGCACUGUCACCGUGUCAGCCAUUGGCAGUCGACUGCAGCCGCCGUGCAUCCUUCACGGAGGGACCGCACCCAGCAUUGGCUGCGGCGGCGGACUCGGCUCGAUCAGCAUCGGCGGCUCGCUCCGCCACCUUUACCGGAGCAGGAUCCCGGGAAAUGCAAGCAGUGUUGCUACUACUACCAUUAAUCCUAAACGCCGACUGCGCGUUUCCGCAGACGCUCAAGCGGCGGCUAGUAGAGUGGCGAACCUAACGGAAGCAACGGAUGCGGCAGAGACUGCGAGUAGAAACGACGCUGACGCCGCCGCGACGGCAGACGCGGCGUCAGAGGCUCCCGAAAGUGUUCAUGCUAGUGCUGGUGCUAGUAGUAGUAGUAUUCUGGUGGGGGGGCUGGGCGGGCGGACGUGGGAGGAGAAGGCGCAGCACGCGCGCACGCUGUUGGCGGGGCUGCUAGCGCUCUCCCGCCCGCACAACUUCCUGCCCUCCGUGCUGCUGGUCGUGCUCGGCGCGUUCCUCGCCUCAUCCAGCGCCGGAAUGAUCCCUGAUAUCACCACUGCCACUGCUACAGCUGCCGCCGCCACCAGCGCUGCUACAACCGCUGCUGCAGCCACUGCCGCUGCCGCCGCCGCGACACCCGCCCUCCCCGCCCUGCCUGCGCUUCCGCCGUGGCUCUCUCCGCGGGUGCUGCUGGUGGCGGCGCUAUCCGGAAGCAUCGCGCUGGCGUCCAUGAUCGCCAACGACGUGUUCGACUGGCAGAUCGGGUCGGACCGA